AUGGGCACCUCAAGGCUCUUAUUUCUACUCUUCCUACUCGUCGCCUGCGCCACUGCUGUAAGUUUUUUCCUCUCAAAAAUGUGUCCUAGAUUUGAUCUGAUCCACAUCUAGAAGGUUCUGAACUACUUUCCACGUGACCUAAUGACCUAAUUUUGUCCCACUUUUUGGCCAACUUUCUGAUGUGCUAGUUUGAUCCACUUUUAGGCAGGCUCACUCGACUUCAAGUUCGAAUAGUGUCGGAUUUGCAAGCAAAUAGUUUCCUAGUUGCCCAAAUUCUGUAAAACCUGAACUUGCUAUCACAAAAACCCCUCACCGUUCCCCGAAAGUUCAAAAAAAAGUUUCGAAAAGUUUCCGUCAAUCCUGUCUGCUUUCGCGUUUCGCCCGCUGACCUCUAGCCUCGAGUGCGAUUCCAAAUUGAGCACCAGUUCUAAAAGCUCUCUCUCUAUUUUCAAAGGUUUCUAUUUCAAAAGCCGCCCAGUUUUCUUCGUUUCCCUCCCAAAAGGUUUCCUAUUGUAAGAAGCGCAAAUCGAGAGAAGACACAAUGGGGGCAACGCGAGAAAUGGGUAAACACAUGUUCUUCGGGAAAAAGGACAUCAUGACCUAUCCGAGAGAAUGUCUGGAGACUCAAGAAAUGAAGGGGAUCCGAUAUUGUAGAUCAACUUUUUGAUCACACACACACACACACCUCAUAGACUUUUACGGAAAUCGUUCCUAGCGGCUAACGAAGUGUGAUGAAACUCUUGAGAACUUUUCAAGUACCCCCCUUAUCACCUUUCCAUUUCGUCUCUAUUAGUGAUAUCGGAUAUCCGAUAUUUCCUGUUGAACCACCCGGUAGCCCAACACACUGUUUGCCCAACAAAUAUCGGCGGAUUGAUUACGGAAAAACGAUUGGAUGCUGGUGUUGACGGCCUAAUCGAAAAUUCGAAAUUCGUUCGCUGCAUGAAAAAGUGGAAAAACGUGUACGUAGUCGAUUUCGAUUCGGACCGAGCGGGUCUGAAAUAUAGAGUUUUACGAAAGCCAACCUAGUUUUCAAGAUAAUCACCACACUAAUUGAUCGUUUGUUUUGCCUACCAAAUUUCUCGUAGAGCUCCUUCUCGCCCAUGUUCAGGUUCUGGCGAAUAAUGGUGGGGGCAAAAUUUUCGAGUGGUUUUUCUCACGAAACAAGCAGCAGCAGCACAAAUCUAUCCUUGUCGCCCCCGCUGGUCAUCACACUUGUUGACACGAUGCCUUUCGCGAGCGCGCGCUUGCGGCUACCGCGCGGAAAAGUAGACGAACAAGAGGGGGGCGACAUGCUAAUCAGUGCAAAACACAGAAAAAGUACAGUAACCCGGUUUUGUUGGUUGCAGAGCCGACGAUUGAAGCGACAGUGUGGAUGCUCGAACUUUUGUAAUUGUCAGCAGCAGCAGAUUUUCUUCGCACAAAUCUCGUUGCCGGCGUGUUCUUGUCAACAGGCGCCGAUUUGUCAGCCGCAGUGUCCGAGGGCCGAGAUUGUGAGUUUCGGCUUCUAGGCCACAGUCACCUACUUCUUCCAGAACUCUGACUGCUCGGCGACAUGCGUCCGCGCCUGUAUCCCGUCGUGUUCCAAGAGCACCGGCAACACGUUCGCCUGCUCGACGACCUGCGAGAGCACGUGUGACAAAACUUGCGCAUCGGCCGCUCAACAGGCGAUCGCUCAAGUUCAAGUACGUCUCAAUUUCGGCAAAUGUCGCGUAGCUGUAAUAUUGUAGGUUCAAGUGUCGCCGCCGAAUCCACAGCCACUGGUACCCACUUCCAAUGUCGCCGUCGCCGCUUCCGCACCAAUUGUCGACGAUUCGUGUCAGAAUGUGUGUCAGAAUGUGUGUCAGGGGGCUUGCGUUUCGCAAAACUCUCCGCCGGCUGUUUGUCAGCAGACUUGCAGACAGAGCUGCCAAUUCGGAUGCUCCACCAACGAACAAAGUGAGUUGGAUCAGUUACGGAUCGCCUUGGUUGACCUAGUUCUUGAUUGAGUCAGUAGCCCCCAGAACUACAAGAUCUUUGCUUUUAGCUCAGUUCUCACUGGUUAGUUUGACCUGGUGACGUAGUUUUUCUGAAACUUGAAGAUAGACUAACUCGAGCGUCCGAAUUCCUGGCCUUUUUCCAGUCGCCGCGACCACGACCACGACCCUCACCCCGCCAACGAUCAAAAUCACUCUGGACAUCAACGACGCCUACUUCGACUCGAACUGCGCGCCCAAGUGCACCCAAUCCUGUCACUCGCAGUGCAUUUCGCAAGGAAACGCGGCGAACUCGUGCUCGAACAGUUGCAACAACGAGUGCUCCCAAAAAUGCUCUCAACGGAUCCAGCAGGCUCAGAUCCAGCCGCAACAGGUGCUCAUCACAGUCCCCACCUCCUCUAGUUCGAACUCGAAUCCGUGCCAAUCGCGUUGCGAGAACCGUUGCCUGGCCACGUGUCAAGCGACGCAACCAUCGGCGUCGGUGUGCGCGCCGUCGUGCUCCACAGCCUGUCAGUUGUCCUGCGACACGCUCACCACCUCCACCUCCACCACUUCCACCACUUCCACGCCGAGACCGAUCAGCAUUGAGGUGAGGGCGCAGUGCACUCCGUCGUGUAUGCCCCAAUGCCAACCGUCCUGUACCGCCACCACCACAACCCCCCUUCCCAUCCCUACCCUGGCCCCAGUCCCCUCCCCCACAACGUGCAUUCCGCCGUGCCAACCGCAAUGUCUUCAAACGUGUCUGGAACAGUACAUUCAACUUCCCGCCGCCGCCACUACUACUCCGACUCCCGGUAUCCAGUGCAUUCCGCAAUGUCUGCCGAGUUGUGAGCCACAGUGCAUUCAGGAGGCGACCACCACUACCACUACUCCUGUUCCUUCAACAACCAGUACCCAGGUACCUGACUAUGAGUUCUCCACCGAAACGCCUUUUAACCCGAGCACCAGUACUGUUGAGUAUGAAGAUCAAGAGCUAACCAGCACUGAGGAGCCGGAACCAGAGCCAGAGCCGGAGCCUGAAGAACCAUCGACUUUAGAGCCUAGCACCACAGAGCCUUAUGACUAUCCACAAUACGACCAGCCAACCACGAGCACCACUAAUCCCGCACCAACUCAACCACAAUGUCUCCCCGCGUGUCAACCGACUUGCAACCAAAACUGCAUUGUCGCCAUGCAAGUGCUCCUCUACAUUUCGUGUCCGGAAGCCUGUCGUCCCGCCUGUGAUCCCCAAUGCGCCUAUCAGUACUUGCGGAACAAUCCGUCCACCCCACAGCACUAUAAUCCGCCCGGAGCACUGCAACCACAGGCUCAAUGCGUGUCGGCUUGUAUGCCCGCGUGUUUAUUGGAUUGUGUCCUUCCGUACUUUAGCGAAAAGAUUCUGCCGACGCUGUCGCCGCGAAUUGUGGUCGAUCAGAUUUUGGAGCGGCCCGAUUAUAGGCUGAGGGAUCCGGGGACGACUACGGUUACGCCUCAAUACGUGACGGCUCAAGUCCCGCAGGCUCAGACCCAAGCAACAGCUGGGCCACAGUAUCUGACCCCCCAAACCCUCCACGUCCAAUACCAAACCUCAGCACCGUCCCAACAACCCACCCUACGCACCCAAUACGUUCAAGCCCAACCCACACCCACACAAACCUUCACUCUCGCCCAACACCAAGCCCAAAACAUUGCCAAAGCCGUGCAGGCCUCCAACGCGGCCUACAACGCACCCAGUCAGCCUAGUCCGGGCGCUUACCAGCCGUGGACGGUACCUCAGACCCCGAUUAGUAUGCCGGGAAGUGCGUAUAACUCUGCGGCACAGGGCCCGAGUACGUUCAAGUUCAAUCCGGCCAUGCCGCCGGUGAGCCUGGACCCCACUCAAGGUCAGGUACCAUUCCAAUUGCGAAUGGUUCAAGUUGGAGGGCUUCAGAAGCAGUUGAACCCAGCGGCGCCUGUCAAUUAUCUCACUGUUAACAUGAAACCACCUACGUUUAGUUCUGCACCGCAGCUCCAACCGCCCCAACCCCUAUCCCAACUUCGCCAACCUUUCUCCGCUUACGGAACCAUCCCGAAACACCCGAACACCCCCAUCCAAUCCUCGUCCCUCGCAACCCCUCAAGACACGGACACCGAUAACACCCCGUUUGCGGAUUACGUAAAAACCGAGUCUGUCGAGCAGAUCGAGGAAGAGUGCGUCCCGCAGUGCAUGCCCCAAUGCGACCGCUUCUGCAUCGCUCAGCACCGCUACAGUCUGCCGGGCAACCGGACGUGCCCGCCCGCCUGCAUGCCCGAAUGCUCGGUUCAAUGCGUGAGCACUCUGCAAUGUCCUCGUGCGUGCCAGCCGCUGUGCAAUGCUUCUUGCCUUCAGCGACCGCCCGUCAUCAAGAUCACCGUGACCGGACAGCAGCUCAAGUGUGCUGAGCAGUGCCAGCCGGCGUGCGAGCCCCAGUGCAUCAUCGCCACGAUCAAGGUUCCUCAGUUUUUUUUUAAAUAAUUUUUUUUGCUUUGAAUGUUGCUUCCGCUUCGGUUUAGUUAAUUUGUGUUCGACUCACAUUGGUUGCCGGUUGACGGGAAGUUUUGAUUCAGAGCCCACCACAAACUCAACAACAGCAAAUCGUCGUGGCGCCGACGACAACCACCACCACCGCCGCACCGCCUGCACAACAGCAGCAACUUGCCAGUUGCCCACAACUUUGUCAGCCACAGUGCACUUCACAAUGCGUUCAGGUAUCCCUCCGCGGUUUAAAUUGGGGCCCAGGACUUUUGUUCGAACCUUCCAAUUCAUCUUUCAGCAACAACAAUGUCCAUGCCAGCAAACGUGUCAAACCGGAUGCAAUCAGCACAACCCGGACCCGAAAGUCUGUCAGAAUGUGUGCGUCGAAGUGUGCGCCUCCGAGUGUCCCACUUCCGCCUCGAGCCAACCGGUCUACCAGACAGUCCAGACGCCCCUGUCCUACGUGCCCGUGGUCCCCGUCUCGACGUCCACCGGCUCCACCUCUCAGAUUCCGCAGAUCCUCAUCAACUUCGCGGUGCCGGAAUGCGUGCCCGUCUGCGAGCAGAGCUGCAACACCCAAUGCAUCGAAAAGUUCCCGCAGGAGCAUUGCGGCUCCGUGUGCAACUCUCAGUGCCAGGCUGCUUGCAGCACUCAGACUCAACAGACGAUCGCUCAGGCGCCAACUUGUCAGCCUCAAUGCCAACCGGCUUGUGAGCAGUCUUGCAUUGCUCAGCAAGCGCAACCCGUCAAAAUCCAAGUGGAUCUUGCCGGACAGUCCCAAGCUUCUUCCGCAUCUCAAAUCCAAUGUCAGCCAAUGUGCGAGCAGAGUUGUGUGUCCGAGUGCCAGGGGUCGACACUGAAUGUGCAGGCUGCCACGUGUCAACCCGCCUGCCAAGCCAUUUGCCAACAAUCCUGCGCUCCGCUCACUUCCUCUUCUGCUUCGACUCCCACUCAGACAAUCGCCACGUCAUCAUCAUCAUCAUCGGCGACGACCCAAUUGUGCACUCCAAAGUGCAUGAGCGACUGUCAGGGAUUGUGCAAGUCCAACUCGCCGCAGUGCAUUCAAGGUAUCGGGUUACUGUAGUGUAGACCAUUCCAGAAGUUAUUCUACUCUUUCAGGAUGCGACGCUUCUUGUCAGCAACUGUGCGGCACCGCGCCGACGCCCGUCGUUCAGUUGACCGUCAACUACAAUUGUAAUCUUCCGUGUGACGCACAGUGCACUCAGCAGUGCUAUCAUCAGGGUGAGUGGGGUGGACUAGGAAAAGCUAGGCCACCGACUAUGAACUGAGAUUAUGAGGGAAAAAAAGAGUUUGUAGGCGACUUAGCAGGUUGUAGGAGGAGUAGGAGUCCAAAGCGUGAAGAAAAGUUAGGCCACCCUGUGUGAAAGCUCGUCCACCUCUAAAACAGUGCCAUUUUCAGCCGCUUCGUGUGCUCCGGCGUGUGCCCAGGCCUGUGAGUCCCAAUGUCCGACAGUUUCGUGCGAGGACGCGUGCCAGACCGUCUGCAAGGGCCAGUGCGUCUUCUCGGGCCAGAAUUCGCGCCAAUGCGGUCCCGCUUGCGCACAAUCGUGCAGUUCGUUGUGCCACAAGAAGAGGGUGAAACGGUCCUAA